AUGGAAGAAUUUGAAGCCGUUGAAGUUCAUGGUGUGUUGAAGUCUGAAUUGGAUAAAUAUUUGGAUGAUGAAUGUGAAAAGAUGACUCAAGUGAGCUUUGAUAUUCUGUACUGGUGGAAGACAACAGGAUCGAAGUAUCCAACUCUUUCUCGCAUGGCUAGAGAUGUGUUGGCCAUCCCAGCAUCCACGGUUGCAUCGGAAUCUGCAUUUAGCACGGGCGGUCGUGUUGUUGAUCACUUUCGUAGUUCUUUAACUCCCAAAUUGAUUGAAGCACUUAUAUGCGCACAAGAUUAG